ACAAAAACUGCCAAGAAAGUCUUGGAACUGAAGCAGAACCUGAUAGAAGAGCUUCGGAAAUGUGUGGAUACAUACAAGUACAUCUUCAUCUUCUCUGUGGCCAACAUGAGAAACAACAAGCUGAAGGACAUCCGGAAUGCCUGGAAGCACAGCCGGAUGUUCUUUGGCAAAAACAAGGUGAUGAUGGUGGCCUUGGGGCGAAGCCCAUCUGACGAAUACAAAGACAACCUACAUCAGGUCAGUAAGAAGUUGAGAGGUGAAGUUGGACUCCUCUUUACCAACCACACGAAGGAGGAGGUGAACGGGUGGUUCACAAAGUAUACAGAAAUGGAUUUUGCUCGAGCUGGGAACAAAGCAACUUUAACCGUGAGCUUGGAUCCAGGGCCCCUGAAGCAGUUCCCUCAUUCCAUGGAGCCACAGCUGAGGCAGCUGGGCCUGCCCACUGCCCUCAAGAAAGGUGUGGUGACCCUGCUAUCUGACUAUGAGGUGUGCAAGGAGGGCGAUGUGCUGACUCCAGAGCAGGCCCGGGUCUUGAAACUUUUUGGGUAUGAGAUGGCUGAAUUCAAGGUGACCAUCAAAUACAUGUGGGCUGCCGAGUCGGGGAGAUUCCAGCAGAUGGACAGUGACCUGCCUGAGAGCAUGUCUGUGUCUGAGGGAGAGUCCGAGGAAGACGAUGACAGCUGA